CUCAGUCUGUCGUGGAUCGCGCCAGAAAAACGGUCGCGGCAAUCGCUGUGAAUUCAAAGUAUUGUGUCGAAUAGUUACCUAAUUCUUACUACUAUCAUACAAUUAGAAAACCAAUAAUAAGUCAAGAUGUUGGUCCUCUGUUUGGCGUUAAUUGCAGUACUGCAUCCAGUAAUGGUUCCCGUGGUGUCUGCUCAAGGUCAAACGUGCAAUACCCCAAAUGGUGAAGUUGGCUCCUGCGUCAACAUUAGGGACUGUCAGUCACUGCUGGGCCUGCUGCAAAGUCAAGGUUUAUUAGCCGCUGUUUUCCUGAAACAGAGUCUUUGUUAUUUCGAGGCAAAUAAUCCAAUUGUUUGCUGUCCUGCGAGUGAUACAAGAGGUAGUAAAGAAAUAAGAGAGAACCAGCACGGGCUAUUACAACCCCCACACUGUGGCUUCAGCAACGUCAGCCAUACCAGAGUGGUUGGUGGUGUGCCAGCCAAACUUGGUGCAUGGCCUUGGAUAGCUGCUUUAGGAUUCGAGAAUAAAUCUGAUCCAACGCAACCAAAAUGGCUCUGCGGAGGAUCUUUGAUAUCAUCCAGACACGUUUUGACUGCUGCUCAUUGCGCUAUUCGCAACGAUUUACAUGCAGUUCGUAUCGGAGACUUAAAUUUGAAACGAGACGACGAAGGUGCGCAUCCUGUUCAAGUCGGAAUCGAACAGAAGAUAAUCCAUCCUGCUUAUGACGAAUCUUCGUAUUCGAAUGAUAUUGCUGUGCUUAAGUUGGAUCAAGAGAUACAAUUUUCAGAGUACGUGUAUCCAAUUUGCCUUCCAGUGGAGGAGAUUCUUCGAAACAGUAAUUUUGUUCGAAGUUUUCCUUUCGUUGCUGGGUGGGGAUCACUUUCAACAAGAGGACCAAGUAGUGAGACUCUUAUGGAAGUACAGGUGCCAGUAGUUACUAAUGAAGCAUGCAAACGGGAUUAUUCCGCGUUCUCGAAUGCAAUAAUCGAUGACUCAGUAUUAUGCGCAGGAUAUGCUCGUGGUGGAAAGGAUGCUUGCCAGGGCGACAGCGGAGGACCCUUGAUGUUACCACAAAAAUCACACUUCUACCAAAUAGGAGUCGUUUCAUACGGUUAUAAAUGCGCCGAGCCCGGAUAUCCUGGUGUUUACGCUAGAGUUACCCAUUACUUGGAUUUCAUUAACUCUGCGAUGCAGUAAUCAGUAUUUCACGAAACCACACUUCUUAUGUUCAACACGAAAAGAAGCUUAAAGUUCCAACUGUUACUGUUCGAAUAAGAGGCAACUUUAAUAUAUGUAUACGUAGAGCUUUAAUAUAUGUAUACAAAAUAUUGGAGUGCUUUAAGAUUCCUAAAUUAUUAAACUCAGAUCGGGGUA